AUAGUUCUUUUGUUUCUGCCCAUCCUGCUUUUGUUUCUUCUCCAAACAUACAAAACGAAAAAUAUUCGUUCGCCACCUGGUCCUAAGGGUCUUCCUUCGAUCAGUAAUUUACACCAGUUUGACAGUUCAAACCCCGAUAAUGUGUGGAAACUCUCUCAAAAGUAUGGCCCCCUCAUGUCCUUGCGUAUCGGUUCUAUGUCAACCCUGAUAGUUUCAUCGACAAAAAUGGCUAAAGAGGUGUGGAAAACUCAUGAUCUCGCAUUUUGUAGUAGACCUGCCUUACUUGCUAUGCGAAAGUUAUCUUACAAGGGCUCAGACUUAGCUUUUGCUCCAUACAAUGAGUCUUGGAGGGAGAAAAGGAAUUUGUGCGUUAUGCAUCUCUUCAACCCAAACAGAGUGCAACAAUUUCGUCCCACUCGAGAAGACGAAGUUUCCCGUAUGAUUCAAAAGAUAUCAAAAUCAGUUGCUGCUUCGAAACCGGUCAGCUUAAGUGAGUUACUGAUGUCCAUGACGAGUAGCAUUAUUUGCAGACUUGCUUUUGGGAAGAGGUACGAGGGUGAUGAACGUGAAGGAAAUGGAUUUUGUGCUAUGCUUCAUGAAACUGAGGCCAUGUUGGGAAGCUUCUUUUUUUCAGAUUAUUUUCCUUUCAUGGGCUGGGUUGACAAACUUACAGGAAUGAAAAGACGCCUUGAAAACAACUUCAAGGAACUUGAUAUAUUCUUCCAGGAAAUAAUCCAAGACCAUUCUGAUUCCAAGGUGCCCAAAAACGGGAAAGAGGAUAUCAUUGAUAUUUUUCUUCAGAUACGAAAAGAUGGAGGACUUAAAGUUGAUAUUACUUGGGAUCACAUCAAAGCAGUUCUCAUGAAUGUAUUUGCUGGUGGCUCAGACUCAAGUGCAACUACAAUUGUUUGGUUCAUGACCUACCUAAUGAAAAAUUCUAGAGUAAUGAAGAAAGUUCAAGAAGAAAUUAGAUCUGAAAUCGGAAAGAGAGGCUUUGUAGAUGAAGAUGAUGUUCAGAAGUCGACUUAUCUUAAAGCUGUAGUGAAAGAGUCAAUCAGAUUGCAACCAGCGGCUCCUUUUCUAAUCUCAAGAGAAACAACUGAAAAGUGCAUCAUAGAGGGGUAUGAAAUACAACCUAAAACACUCGUUUUUGUGAAUUCAUGGGCGAUAGGAAGAGAUCCUGAAGCUUGGGAGAACCCAGAUGAAUUCUACCCUGAGAGAUUCAACGACAGUUCUAUAGACUUUAAAGGACAACACUUAGAGUUCAAAACAUUCGGUGGUGGUCGAAGAAUUUGUCCAGGAUUACACAUGGGAAUAGCCACGGUGGAGCUUGCACUAGCUAAUCUUCUUUACAAAUUUGAUUGGAAAAUGCCACCUGGAAUGAACAAGGAAGACUUAGAUUUGGAGUGUUUACCAGGUGUCACCAUGAAUAAGAAGAUUGCUCUCUGCCUUACGCCCAUCAAUUAUGAAUAAGAAGAAUAU